AUGCCUAACACAAGUACGAUUGUCGCGGCCACGGUAGGCACAGUUGCGACUGGUUUCUUGGGUAUUGCCAUCUACUUUGACCAUCGCCGGCGGACAGAUCCCAAUUUCCGUAAACAAUUGAAAAAGGACUCAAAGCGACUAGCGCGCGCAGCAAAGGAGGAGGCAGAGGCGCAUACAGUCAAGCAGAGGCAAUUCAUAAAACAAGCAGUCCAAGAAGCGAAGGAGGAAGGAUUUCCUUCCGAUGUAGAGGAGAGAGAAGCAUACUUUAUGCAGGAGGUUGCGAGAGGAGAAGGGCUGAGUGGUGAAGGCAAGUCGCUUGAUGAGCUUGACUUAAUUGCAUGCUUACCGUUCGCAGGUACGGACAACGUUGAAGCAGCGCUCUGCUUCUACAAGGCUUUGAAGGUUUAUCCUCAGCCUUCUGAUUUGAUUGCGAUUUAUGAUAAAACUGUACCAAAACCUGUACUGGACAUACUGGCGGAGAUGAUUGCGGCAGAUGACGAGCUCAGCGUUGGCUCAUUUGGAGCUUCCGGAUCUGACAGCGGCAUGCCAUCAGUUGGUCUAGACUAG